AGUUCUGGAACAGCCUCAGUUCCAAAAAACUGAGUCACUUUGUUGCGGCAUGAAAUUUUGCCCCUAACUCGUGUCCCGGGGUGGCCCGGGAGCAGCGGGCCCUUCCUCUUCCGGGCUCCCUGGCCCCGGUCUUUGAUGACUCAGAGCUCCUGCGGUCACCAAGCCGCUCUGGAGACUCAUCGGAGCAGCUCCCCGAUGCCGUCAGCUCUUUUCUGCAGUUACAGCCUCAGUUAAUUUCCAAAGUCGCCCACUUUCAAAACAAGACCUUAGGAAGGGACAAUAUGUACGCAUCUUCUUGCGGCCAGCAGCAGUGAUGGCAACGCUGUAGGCACCUCCUUCCCUUAGGAAAAAGCCAAACAUUUCACGAAGUCCUUCUGUGCUUUUAGACGAAACUGGAAAAUGGCCUUCAUUGGAAAAGCCCCAGUCCUCGGGGAGCAGAUCCCCCAUCUCUGGCAGUGCAGUGCUCCUGGGAGCUGUCUGGAACAUUCCGCAACGGUCACUCCUCUGCCCUGCAUUGGCCUUGACCACAUGACCCAGAGGCACAGGGAGAAGCCUCCUUGGAUGCUUGGCAAGUGACUUCAGUGGCUGAGAGUGUCUAAGGAAAGCCGGGAACACUGCACACUUCCUGCAGAUGGCGGGGCAGACCUCUGUGCAAGAGUGCCUGAAGGGGAUCCCCCGUGGUGCUUCCUGGUCCAGGGAGGUCACAGAGCGCUCCUCCACCCUGAGCACAAGGGGUCCCACCAAGGACAAGGACAAGAUUCAGCACGUCGCACGCAGAACAGCUACCUGGAGCCACAGGCCACUUUACAAAAAGGGAGUUUGCAGGCCAGAAGCCACCCCUGCAGCAUUGUCUUUGUGCUCCAAGAGAAGCCCUGGCACACACUUCUGCUCAGAUGGAACCACUGUACCCUCAGUGUCCUUGUCAGUACCAGCUGGUGACUUUCCUACUCAAACCCUUCCCUCACUCUCUGCCUCAUUUUCUCAAGGUGCCGUGUUUGCCUGAAAGGACACUGGCAGCCAGCAGUGGUGGCGGCUGGUCCUCUAGAUGGGCACGAAUGCCAUUGGCAGGCAAUGGGGCAGACUCCAUGGAAAGAUGCUUCCCUUCCUCAAGGUAUGCACUCUGCGGGGAGACCUCAUUGUCAAGUUCAGAGUUACGCUGCAGACCGCACAGCACCUCGCCUGCUUCCAGGACCUGCUCCGGUCAGCCCAGGACCAACCACAGCAGGACCCCCCAUCCUGUGCUCACCCAGGGCUUGUCCAUGGCACUGGAAACUCCUUCCUGUUCCCGAUCGCCCUCUGGGCAAGGAGUGGGCAGGGACAUGUGGCUCGUGCCGAGGUCUAAUACUGUGUUCCCAGCAUGGAAGCAGGUGCCCUGAAGAGGAGUGGGGACACUUCUUGUGGCAUGCCGGAUUCCGUGUAGAAAGCUGUGACUGUCACCCCUCCUCCCCACUCGGUUUUGUUAGUGGACCUUUCCCUGGCCCUUCUCUCCUUGGCCCACUCUUGGCAGGAGAGAGGAGGAGAGGAUCUCACUUUCCACCUGCACCGGCCACACCCUCGGUCUGCGGGGUUCUCAGCAGCUGGCCAGGGAUGCUCCACACCUGGUGGUCAAGUAACCAUCUCCUCACUCUGGGCAUCUGUGCCCUCUCUGGGGUUGGAACAGGAAAGAAAGCCGAGACCUUUAUGUGGGACUUGAGUUGAGACUCAAUUCUGUAGAGUCAGGGGUGAGGAGGAGCCAGGCCUCCUGUGUGCUCUCCAUACCCCAGAGCCGGGUGCCCAGUUCCAUGGGUCCUGAUGGACAGAAGGGAAGAACGGGGGGGGGGCUGCUGCACCAUGGGUAGUAGUGCAGGGGGAGCCGCCUCCGGCUGAAUGCCCAGGGACUCCUGGGGGCUGCUGGCCCCGGUCCCAGCAGUGGGUCCUGUUUCUUCUUUCCCCUCAGAAUGCAGGGUCCACCACCCCCAAACGUCCCCUCCACAUUUGGUGAAAUAGGAAGUUCCAUGGCUCUUACCCUUCUUUUAGGGUGACUGAGAGAUUUAUUUUCACAGAAGCCUCAGUGGCCUGGUCUGUACCCACCUCUGCAUGUGGUUGCAGAAAGUGAAGGAUUGUCAGGGAGCAGGGCAGAUGUUUAGUGGAUCUGUGUCCUUGGUCAAAGUUUUGUUUUUCCUCCAGAAGAAAAAGGCUUGUGAACAUGCCACCGUAUUCUUCAUUCCUUCUUUUGGAAAUGUAUGAAGAACGGGUGGCAUUUUGGAGUCACUGGCCUGUGAACAGUUGGCCCAGAGGAAGAGUUAGAUGUGGGUGGGUGUGGCCGCCUCUGACCCUCCCUAGCCCAGGUGUGUGUGGGCAGCCCAGGCAGGCACUCGGGAAAGGUGAGGUGGAGCCUUGCACGCUCUGAGCACAAAGUCCUGGGAACCCUUAAACCCAAGCACUGCCUUGACAGCAGCCAACAUGGCUGAUAGAAGAGACACGAAGUCCAGCUGAUGCCAGACAGAGGGCGUCACUAGAGAGCCAUGCUACAUGGGGUUGGAGCAGAAUUUCGGGAUAGUGAUGGCAAGCCUCCUCCCAAGCCAGCUGGGGAGUAUGGAGAGGGGGUGGCCGGAGGAACCUGGCAUCCCCGGGUUAGUACCACAGAGGUGGCUCCGCCUGCAGCUCGGCCUCUGCCUCAUCCUGACUCCCCCUGCUUUGGCCAUGGCUCUUCUUGUCCUUCCCUCUUCUCAGUGCAGGAGGACCCUGAAUCAAAUGCCUGAUCUACGUUUUCACUUUACCCUCGGAUGAAGCUUGUGGUGAACCCCAGGGCUCUGUGUGUCUCCUGAGUCUCUGCAGACCUCGGGUCCGGGACCCAGAGACUCUUCUCCCUGGGGCAGGAGGCACUGGGGUGUGUAGACGGGGGUGUCCUGGGGCACAGUAGCUGACAGGGGGACUUCCUAGCUUUCUGGCCCUUUCCAACUCUGAGUGUGACCUUCCUUUUCUUGAUCACAGCCCCCAACUUCGGAGCCUGCUAGAGCCUGCAGAAUUUGGCUUCAUCAUCUGCCUCUGUGAGGAAAGGCGGGGCCUGGCAGUCCAGUGAAUCUUGUAUAUUUGCUCCCCACCUCGGUGGUGAAUACAUUCUUGGGUGGUGAAUACAUUCUCUCCUUGCCUUCACUCUAGAAAGGUCCCCUGUUUUGUGAUGUAGGAUGUGGUCAAUGACUGACUCGUUCUUCAAGUGUCAAUAUCCCUCUGGACCAUAGACGCAGCUCUGCUUUCUGGUGUUCCUGGGCUCUGCACACAGCAGGAGCCACUCUGGGCUCUGUGAGAUGCAUCUUCUGACUCACUUUCUUCUUGUUGGCUCUUUUCCAUGCGUCUUCUGCCACUGCCCUGUUCUGGGUGGGAGGCUGUCACACUGUGGUUGGGGGUCCCCUCUCCUGCCUCCCCUCUUUGAUCCUUUUCUGUGAGGGUCUGCUGGGGUCCUGUGUGUCGUGCAUUGUUGAUAGAUUCCUGUCGUGCUUGCUGUCCUCCCCAUUCUAAGGGACCUCUGAUUGCCUGUGAGCAGUUUACAGGGGCCUCUCCUGGCCCCUUCACCCAAGGAAUUCCCGCAAUGCGUGAGUUUGUGAGGCGGAACCUGGGAGUAUGUGACGUCAGGUGAGAAGGGAGGGCCCGUCCUAGUCCGGUGGGCUCCUCUAACAAAGUACAUUAGCCUGGGGAGUUACUAACGCCCAAAAUGUGUUGUCAAAGUUCUGAAGGCUGAGAAGUCCAAGAUCAAGAUGCCUGAGGAUUCAGUGCCUGGUGAGGACCCAUUCCUUAGGGCAGUGCCUCUAGCUGUGUCCUCAUGUGGCCGAAGGGGACAAGGGAGGUUGCGGGAGCCUGUUUGAUGAGAGCACGAGCUUCCUUCAGGAGGGGAUUAUUGAGAAAGUCUGUCUGGUUUCAGGGCAUUCCCAAGGCCCCACCUGUUCAUUCUACCCCAUUGGGAAUUAGGCUUCAACAUAUAAAUUUGGGAGACACUGACAUUUAGGCCAUAGUGCGUCAAAGGCAAAGUGAGGCCGAGUGUGGAAAACAUCCCAGAAUCUGGAUGUGGCCCAGGCAGAAGGAAACUCAAAGUGAUGGGGUGACUCAUGGUCCCUGGUCUGUGUAGGACUCAGCGGGGAGGAUGGCCCUGGGCACAGUGGCGGUGUCUGUUGGAGGAUGAUAGGGAACAUGUUGGUGGGGGGAGGGUGGAGCCCACUAUGAGUGGCAACUCCCUGGGGGCACAGGAAGCAAAGCUAGAGGUGGCUCCCAUCUCCCCUCCUUGCACACAGUGUCACCUCUGUGGUGGCCCUGUCAUCCGCCUCAGUUCACAGGUGUUGCUGUGACAACUCCUCAGAUUACCUUCAAAAGGAGGCUUGUGCAGGUGCCUGCAGGAGCCAGGAGGUGGAAAUGCAUCCUGAGUGUCCAGCGAUAGGCCAGCCUGGCAGGGGUCCUCGGCCCCACAGUCCCAAUGACUGCCUCAGAAAUGGGCAGAGAGCAUACUUGGUUCUAGCUUGCAAGGCCCACAUCUCAGAGCCGCGGACAGUCAUGAAGGGUCCGUGAACGUGGAGAGGAGGCAAAAAUGACCCAUGAACCUCAGGCCGCUGUGCUGCCAUCCAGCCAAGUGCAGCACCAGCCCUUCGGGCCUCGAGAUCCUCUACCCUUCUCUGGGCCUUGCUAAUUUCCUCCUCCAGCUCCUCAGUGUGUGUAUGCACAUACACACCUGCACGCAUGCACAUGCACACCCAGUGCAAUUUCUCUCUGCUCGCAUGUACUCCCCAAAAUUCAAUGAGUUCCUCUUUCCUCCUCAGAGAUAUAGACCCGGGCCCCAUCUCAGCCUGCAGAGGCCUGAAUCUUUCCCAGGAUUGUUUUCUAUUUCUCAGGUCCUGCUUUAAAACAAAACCUAAAACUUAAACAAACUAAAACGCUUUCUGAAAAGAGUAAUACACCAACAUAAAGUCCGGGUAUCCUAAGCAUGCUGUGUGUAUGUUGUCUGAAAUUGAAUAUGCUGUGAAACCACCACCUGUGUUGAAAUGCAGUGUUUCCCAAGACCUGGGGGCUCUCUCCAGUUGCUAAUUGUGAUCACCUCUCCCGAUCACCGCUGAGUCCUGUAGGUCACCUUCUCCUGACCUAUUACGCCACUGAUUGCUUAUGCUGGGCACAAUUUUAUACCCUUGGUGUUGUUCAGUCUAAUCAUCCCCAUAACCCUAUGAGAUGAUCAUUCCCAUAUGACAGAGGAGAAAACUUGGGGACACAGGGGCUAUGUCCUGGCCAAGGCCUCACUGGCAGCAAAAGGCAGAGCAGGAAUCCAGCCAGGAGCCCCAGCACAGUCCUGUUCUUCCCCCACUAAACUGGGCUGUGAAAUAUAUCAUGACAGUUUGGAAAACGGGCUAACUGCAUGCUGAGGGAGGUGGUGAUGGAUACCCACUUCUUUUCAUGGGAAGGUGAGGUGUCUCCAUGCCCCCCUCAGGUCUAGCCUUUCUCUGUGGCUCAGAACCUUGGGAAAGUGGGAGGCUCAGAGGAGGAAAGGGACUUACUUGCCCAAGGGCCACAGCUGCUAAGUGGCAGGUAAGGGACCGUUAUUCUCCUGUCCCUUUCACAGAGGACAGGAGGAAAGUGAGGCCAGGUGGUGUACAUGAGUUUAGCAUCUUUUCUGCAGCAGGCCCAGAUCAGCUUUGCACAUGGUGCUGACCUCAAAUUCAGCCCUAGAGGGGCCUGUCUCUGCCCUGAGUGAGUAUUGAGGUGCACGCUUCUUCCCCUUUGUUCUGUCCAUUUCCAAAAAUGUGAACACACACCUCCAACAUGUUUCUGUGUAUAUUAUUGUGUGCAUAGAUACUACCAUUGUGAAAUAUUAUGCAGAUUCAUAAUGCACUAUGCCAUUGAAAAUUUCAAAAGAAAUGUGUAAUAAACAUUUAAAAUAU